AUGUCUGCCUGGAGAAAAGCUGGUUUUACUUUUAACAACUAUAUGGCCAUUGCUGCUCAAACUGUUCGGUCCGCUUUGAAAACGGAAUUUCAGACAGCCCAGGUUCUAAGUAGGUCAAAGACCGAUGCCAGAUAUGCCAAGUACGAGAAGGGUAGUGCUGUUUCUGAUUCAGAGCCACUCAAGGACUGA